UUAAUUUGGGGACAGAGAAAGAGAGAGAGAGAGCCUAGCUACCAGGGCUCCUCUAUAAAAUAGACCAUAUAUCACAUCCAGCUCUUCAUUAAGUCAGUGAAGAAGCUAGAAUUUAUGUCAUAUAGGCUCUUCAUUUCAGGGUAUUGAAUUUCUAAGAUGGGUGGAACUGAAAGCAAGAAUAAGAAGAGGAGUAGUUCAAGAGAGAGAGAUUGUGGAAGAGGGAUAGUAUUGAGAGGCAAGGUGAGGCAAAUCCAAGAGGAAAUGAGUGAGAUGGUGUGUGAGAGAAAGAAAGAGAGUGCAGCAUAUGAGAGGGACAUGAUGGUGUUUGCGUUCAAGGAGGCUGAAUGGAAGCAAGAGAAGAAGAAGAUGAGGGAGGAGGUGAAGAUGCUGAGGAACAUGGUGGAACAAAAAGAGGAGAGGAUUAGGGUAAUUGAAGGUAGUAAGAAGAGUAGUGGUCAUGAGAAUGCUGAAGACUGGGAAGUGGUGUUGGAGAGUAGUGCUGCUGCUAAUUUGUUGGUUGAGCAAAUGAAGGAGGAGAGAGCAAGGAGAGAUGAGACUGUGGAGAAGUGGAAGCAGCUUUAUCUGGCUAUCAAGAUGGAGCUUGAUGAUCUCAUCCAGAGGACUCAUUGUGGAACUGGACUGUAUUGGAGGGCAGAAGAAGAAGACAUUAUUGUGGAAGAGCUAAAGAGACAACUGAAAGCCAAAGAAGAGAUCAUUACAGGCCUAAACUCUAAGAUAGUUGCAAUGGAGAAAGAGCAAUACAAGAUGGAGCGAGAGAUUGACAUAUUGAGGCAGAGCUUGAGAAUCAUGAGCUCCAAGAAGACAGUAGUGCAGGUCGCCAAGAAUGUCUCCAAGGAUUCACAGCUUGUGAAAAAGCACGCUAGGAAAUUGUAAUAGAUAUUUUCAGUACAAUCAAUCUUUAGUCUUCUGAUG